UUUCCACCUCGGCACUCUUGCACCUUAUACUCGCCCCGCUUUCCGUCACAACAGACAAGCGAAAAACAUGUCAGCUGUUCUUCUGUACACGGGCCUGGCGGUGCUGGUGGGCGUGGUGAUAGCCUUCCUCUCCUUCUACAAGAGUAAGAAGGAAAAAGAUGCAGACAGACCCAGAGCGCCCAGACCAAGACCGGCGGAGGAGGGGGGCGCCAGACCAGCCCAGCCCCCGAACCGAGUGGCAGCCAAUCGCAACGCCCGCGCCAGGAUGAGAGCUGCCGCGCAGCGCCACGCAGGAGGUGACUCGGAGGAGGAGGAGGAGGAGGAGGCAGCACUGGGCGAGAACAUAGCAUUGCCUGAUGGGAAAGUAGGCAAGAAGAAAUUGGCUAAACUUCAAGCUAAGGCUGAUAAGAGAGUCCAGAGAGAGAUGGAGGAGAGGGAGCGCGAGGAGAGGAAGGAGAGGAAGGAGAGAGAGGAUGAGGAGCGGAAGAAGGAAGAGGAGAAAGAGGCGGAGGAGGAGGCACGGAAGGAGGAGGAGGAGAGGAAGGCCAGGGAGGAGAAGGAGAGACAAGAACAGGAGGAAUAUUUAAGACUCAAAGCAGAAUUUCAAGUAGAAGAAGAAGGAUUUCAAGAACAUGAGGACGAAGAGGAGAAAGAAAAAAAUCUGCUAAAUAAUUUCGUUUCCCACAUAAAGGAUCAGAAGGUGUUAGUGCUGGAAGACUUGGCAGCAAAAUUUAAGUUGAAGACCCAGGAUGUGAUAAGCAGGGUGACCGAUUUACAGAAGCAAGGCAUUCUGACUGGAGUGCUGGACGACCGCGGAAAGUUCAUCUAUAUUAGCCGUGAAGAGCUGGAAGGGGUAGCGAAAUUUAUCAAGCAGAGGGGUAGAGUAUCCCUUGCAGAGCUGGCUGAAAACUCUGCGUCCCUGAUCACCCUGACCCCUGAGACACCCCCUGCUAGUUAAUGGGUGAAUGGGGCUGUUAGGGGUCUGUAUACAGUUAGACGAGAGUUGUUCUAGGGUUUGUAGGGCUGAGAGAAGCUAGAAAUGGCUUGUUUAGAGUUCAGUGGUGUGUGGGUCUUCCUGAGCUGAGAGAAGCUGGGUAAAGGCUUGUUUGGGCUUGUUAGAGGGUAAAUAGGCUUGUUUGGGGUUGUUAAGGGGAAUAAUAGGGUUGUUUGGGGCUGUUUGAGGGUAAAUAGACUUGUUUAGGACUGUUAGAGGAUAAAUUAGCCUUGUUUGGGACUUCGAGGGUUAAAAAAGAUGAUUUAGAGUGAUGAAGACUAAAUUGGCUUGUUUAGAGAUAUAGAAGACUUGUUUGGGGCUAUGAAAGGGCUAAGGGAGGCUAGAGAAUGCUUGUUUGGGUGUUUGGGGGCUAAAUGAGGAGAGGAAAGGCUUGUAUUGGGCUGUAAGGGGCUAGGGAGGAGUGGUCUGGGGUGGCUGGUGAUAGAAAAGUUUGGUAUAUUUGGUUAGGAUUGAAAUGGGGCUGGUUAGGUUAGGUUAGGUGGUUAAGGAAGAGACUGACCUGAGAGAGAGAGAGAGAGAGAGAGAGAGAGAGAGAUUUUGUGUGUGCGUGUGUGUGUGUGAUAAGAUAUAUUAGUGUAUUAUUUUUUUUUUUCAUGUUUGUUAAUAAAAAAAUGUAAGAAAAGAAUGUUAAUGUUUUUUUUAUGGUAAUGCUUUUAAAUUGUUAUUGUUUUUAUUUAUUUGUUUAUUUGUUUAUUUUUUUAUUUUGGUUCCUAAUUCAAAAUACAAAUAAAUGAUAGUAGUUAUUA